AUGAGCCUAUCAGGCAAGGUAGCUAUCGUGACCGGUGCCUCUCGCGGGAUUGGUGCUGGGAUUGCAUUAGAGCUUGCAAAACAGGGAGCAAAGGUCGUGCUCACCUACGUGUCAACCAGCAGUGAAAAUGCCAUCGAUAAAGUUAUACAUCAGAUACAUAGUUUGAAUAACGGCUCUGAUGCUAUUAAAGUGAGAAUCGACCUCCACCAGCCCGAAGCCCCCGAAACGAUCCUCUCAGCUACCUUCCGCGCGUUUCCCUCAAGCGAGAAAAAGGUAGAUAUACUUGUCAAUAACGCGGCACAUUCACACUGCAAGCUUCUCGCGGACACGGAAAUGGAGGACUACACCUCUAUGUUCGAUGUGAACGUCCGCAGCACCAUUUUCAUGACCAAGGCUGUGUUGCCAUACCUCCGUGCCCCGGCGCGCAUUAUUAACAUCACCUCUGUCGCUGCUCGUCGAGGCUCGGUGGGAUUUUCAAUUUACUCGGCUACUAAAGCAGCUGUGGAAGGGUUUACCAGGGCCUUGGCUUGCGAGCUGGGACCGUAUGGUCAUACCGUCAAUGCUGUGGCCCCUGGAGCCGUGGAGCCAGGUAUGCUUCGGGGUUCGGUUCCUGAUGACUUGGUGAAGUAUAUCCUGGACAGCACGCCUCUGGGGAACAGGGUUGGGACUCCGGAGGAGAUUGCUGCCGUCGUCACCUUCUUGGCUGAUCCGAGGGCGGGUUGGCUGACGGGUCAGACUAUCUGUCCAAGUGGGGGACUGAACAUGGUUUGA